CAGCCCUCCUAUGUUUGUCAGACUCAAAUCCGAGGGAGAGGAGCUAGCCGCCAUUUUCUAAGCGUCUCUCCCUAAAACGAGAGAGAGAGAGAAAAAGGGGGCUCGCGACUGGAGAGCGAGAGAAAGAGAAGAGAAAGAAGAAGAAAAAAAACCCCUCCCGGAUUACAUCUUCGCACGCGGAGAAUCGAGUCGUUCGCGUGGAAGCGGAGAACGCAUCGCGGGGGAAUCGGCCUCGCGCUGCGGGAGAAUCGGCCGAGGAAGGGACGGGAGUUGUCUCGCGGCCUUGUCGUCGUUUUUUUUUUUUUUUUUUUUUUUUUUUUUUUUUUUCGAACACACAUCUCGAGCUUAGCUGCGCGAGCGAGCUGUGGAACGUUGAAGCCGGAACGAGACCCGAGCGCGAGCCCUCUGGACUGGGCCUUUAUUUUUUUUCUCCCUUUUUUUUGUUGUUGUUGUUGUUUUGUGUGUGUGCGUGCGUGUGUGUUUCUUAAUGGAGUGUGUGUGUUAGAAGGCUUUUUUCCUGAUAAACCUUAAAGGGGUUUGUUGCCCAAAUUCCCUCGGAUAGUGCAACCUCGUCACGUGGCUGUCCUCCGCUGGGGCAGUAAGCGGGUGGUGUGGAGCAGGCCGCGGUGCCCGUCCCUCUGCACUGCAUGGCUGCGAUGGCGCCCGCUCUCACCGACGCCCCAGCCGAAGCUCACCACAUCCGCUUCAAACUGGCUGCGCCAUCCUCAAGUCUCUCACCGGCCAGUGCAGAGAACAACGGUAACGCCAGCAACAUCCUCAUCCACAGCAGCGGCCCCGCCAAGUGCAAGGCAGCGUCCGACGAUUGCCCCCUCGACUUUUGCGGCGUCGACCAGGAACAGCAGCAGCAGCAGCAGCCCCAAGGCGACUCUGUGGCUCAGGCCUCGGCCCUGGGAAAGCUCCAGCCACUGGUGGCUUAUCACCUAUGCUCGGAUGUGACACCUGUCCCGUCAACUAAGCUGCAAGGAGUCCUCAUCAAACAGUCUGUGUUGAAAAACCACAGAAUACUGCCCGGCUCCCUGCUCAACGGCGGAGGAGACUUCCUGUUGAGGAAGAGGCAGGCGAUCGAACUCUCUGGCGGUCAGCUCAAAAGCCUCAUGAGUGGCAGCACUAACGGAGGUGACCAGCCCAUGGCACCUGUUAAUGGUCUGGCAAAGAAGCUAGCCACAAUGUCUGGCCCUGGCUGUGUGGUGGCGGUGAAUGGUGACAAGCCGUCUGCCACCACAGACUCUCAGUCCCAGAACCUGCCCUUGGAUUCUGAGACCUUGACAGCUACUUUAUCAGGGCAUAUCCCGGUGAAAGGAACCCUCAAACAGAAGCAUUCCUCUGGGGUUUCUCAAAAUACAGACGGUAAAAACCUUGAACUACCAGUGCUCCAGUCUAAUGCUCUUUCCCCCUACACCCACGACAACCCUAACCCCGCUGAACAAGUGAAUUUGGAGGAGGCCGAUUCACACACGCCUACCGGUCAGCCACAGGGUUCUGAUAGGGAGAGACCAGGCAGCAGUCAGCAGGGCUCCCCGUCCUGCACCCACGCACCGCAGCCUCCUCUACCCUGCACCUCCUCCUCGGACAGCCUUGACGCUCACGUUAAGGAGCGCACCCUCCUAAACAGCAGCCGCCAAUCUGAGAUCGAAAGCCGACUCCGGCGCCUGCGCAAACGUCUUCAGGUGGUGCAGGCCAAGCAGGUGGAGCGGCACAUUCAGCAGCAGCUUGGCGGCUUCUUGGACUCGGCUCUCAACCGGCUUCUGGUCAGCAACCGCAAGUCAGAGACGGCAACGCCUACGGCCACGUGGAGGACCGGGCGCCACUCUUCCUCCAACAGCAGAGAUGGCCUCGGACGCUUCCUGAAAAGCGGCUCCAUGCCCUUGGAGCUGGAGAGGCUGUAUCUGAGCGGCUCGGCCAACCUCCAUUCUGCAGAAAGCGCCUUUGACUCCGAUGUAACGGAGAGUAGCUCUGGAGGGGACUCUGACCUGGAGGAGGAGGAGCUGACCAGAGUGGACAUUGAGCAGCGACAUGUCAAAAUAUGGAAGCGAGCAGAGAGCCGCUACACCGUGGAGAGAGCGGCCAUCAUCAGCCACUGGAACUGGCUCCAGGCCCACAUCUCAGACCUGGAGUACCGCAUCCGACAGCAGACCGACAUCUACAGACAGAUCCGCGCCAGCAAGGGCUCAGUGGAGCUGGGUGGUGUCUCCCCCGGCGGAGUAGCUGCAGGUGGGACAGAAGUGAAGACGGAGCCUGUGAACACUCAGGAUGUUGGUUCAGAACGGCUGGAGCACACAGGCCCCGCCCACAUCCCCAGCACAGAGCCUGGCCCGUGGAAAGGUCAAAACACGCAGCCCGUUAACGGCGUCCUCAGCAGGAUGGCAGAGAGUGCAGACACCAAGCACCAGCAGCCGUCGGCCUACGACAGCACGUGCGUGGCCGCGCGCACGCGACCGCUCGUCAGCUGCCGACGACGGCGGCUCAUUCAGCCCAACACUGUGCCCAACCUCAACGGCAAGGCCCAGAGAAGCAGCUGUGUCCAGUGUAACUGCCGGGUCAACCCCAGCUGUGUGAUGUGCGGUGGCUGGCCCACCCCCAGAGAGGACCCUCAGUACGAGCAGCCCACCCUGGAGCGCCUGUCAAGACUGGAUCUUGGCGUCCACCCCAUCCUCUCCUUCCCCGACGACGUUUGUAUAGGCCUCCGUCUGCAGCAGGUGAUGAAGAGCCAGUGGCAGGCCAAGUCUCUGGAGAGGAGCAAACCACUGAAGAAGCUCUCCCUCAAACACAAGCUGUCCUCGUCCAAAGAGAAGCACAAGUUCACCAACUCACUUAUGGCAGUCAGACUGGGCCACUAUAAGAACCGUGCUGAGAAGCCGAGGACGGUGGACAGCAGUGUGGGCGGCGGCGGCGGCAGCAGCAGCAGCAGCGCUGCUCUGAACACGGCGAGGCUCGAGGGCCAAACCGUGUGCAAGACGGAGCGGCUGCAGGGCCUCUCAACUCCUUUAGGGCCCUACGACAAGAACUACAGCCGCAAGAGAUUAAGAGAGCACUCGCUGGACAGGACCGACACCUCCCCUAAACUUUUCAUGGACUCGAGCAGCCCCUGUCCAACGCUGGCCAACAUGCACCCGUCCCUCCACAGCCCCCUCACACGCCAGCUGUCCACGUCUUCAGAGAACUCCACGCCGCUGGGCCAGAGCAUCCAGAACACACCUCAGCCCAUCAAGAGGAGACGAGGUGAAAGCUCCUUCGACAUCAACAACAUCGUGAUCCCCAUGUCUGUGGCCGCCACCACCCGAGUGGAGAAGCUGCAGUACAAAGAGAUCCUCACACCAAGAUGGCGAUCCGUGGACAUCUUCUGUCAGUCAAUAACUGAGGAGGAAGAUGAGCGGGAGGUGGAGGACCUGACAGACGCGGCCUUCACUCAGCUCCACCAGCCCCACGAGGACCAGGAGCGUUCCCGCUGGACCUGGAUGGCCCUGGCCCCCGCUAAGAGGAGGGGCAGCAGGUCGUACAAGUCUGUGGAUGGUCGCACCACGCCGCUGCUGUGCGGGACCAACCCCCCCCCCUCAGCCGGCCUCCCCGACCCGGGCAACUGCCCCAUGCUCCACGACUACAGCCACGUGCCGUCGCCCAUGAGCCCGGCCAGCCCCGACACGGCGUCCAACCCCCACACGCCCUGCUCCAGGGACUCCCACCGGCUGCUGUCCAGCGAGGACACGCGCUGCUCCACGCCGGACUUCACCUUUGAGGAGAGAACGGUAGCACCGUGGGAACGCCGCUGCUUCCCGAUGCCGGCGGACCCGGAGCCGGAGCCAGAGAGAGACCCCAACAUGAGGCCCAGAAUGCGCAGCAUCUCAGGUUGCCGAGCAACGGCCUACGGGCGGCUGGACUCUGACGACAUGGAUCUGCCGUGUGACGAAGACAAACACAAGGCCUCCACCGCCCACCGAUGAAUGACUGACAGGCUGAGGUCUCUCCCCCUCCUCCCCCUCACCCUCACCCCCUCCACCCACAGCUCCUCUCUGGCAUUAACAAGCAGAACCUCAAAGCGGAAUAAAAAUAUUAAAUGGGUUCCUGUUGUUUGAUAUUCAAACAUCAGUCUAAUACUUUUCACAGUUUUUAGUGAACAUUAUGGAGAUAGAAGCCUUUCCCUACACUUGUUUUGUCACAGGAAAAAAAAAGGAUAAAUGUAAAAAAAAAAAAAAGUAUAAAACAACACGUUACAAAAACUGUUUUCUGUAGUAGGCUAAACAAUGUACAUGGGGGGCUUAGUGGUGUUUCAUACGUCGCGUGUACACUCGUAGCGCACUAUGUAGCGGACUCCUCAAAAUAUGGCCAAAGGGUGUUUUCUAUUGACUAGUUUGCUUGUAAUUCCCAUGUACAUUUUUAGUGGAGUGACAAAUUACAAAACAAGAAAAAAUACCCCCUUCUUCUUCCUCUUCCUCCUCCUCCUCAUCCGAAUAAACAGGUACAUUUGAGAUGUGGUUCCUUCUUCUCCCUCUAGAGGUCGCCUGAAAUCACCAGAGCACUUCUCCAACUGCCAAGUCUAGUUUUGUUGGUUUGCUUUUUCUUUCUUUGUUUUUCAUUCCUGACAUGUUUUCUUUGUGUCUGUAACACAUUCUCUGUGUGUGUGUUUUAUUUUUUAAAUAGUAAAAAUCAUUCCUUUACGGUCUCUCUUUUCAGAGAGCGUCCACAGCUCCGUCUCGCCCCGCUGUCUCUUCUCACUUAGUUCAGUUUUUUUGUUUCUAUUAAAGAGGGUGGUGGCAUAGAGAGGGCUGGGGUCGUCUUUUGAGCACUUGCCCUACAGUAAAGCGCUGCUGCAUGCUGCAAAAACAUGCUAAUAUUAGUCUUAUCACGACGGCACACACUGAGAUUUCCACUUAUUAAAAAAAAAAAGGAAACAAAAUGGCGGGGGAGGAUUGAACCAUCUGCUAGUUUCUCUGUCAGCGUACAGUCUUGCUGUAUUAAGUUAAAUUGUGGAAAAAAUAAAAAAAAAACAUAAAAUAGAACCCCCCCCCACUUCCACUUCUCUCUGGUUCUCUUGCAAACAUUUCAAAUGUAGCAGCUCUCAGCUAGAAGCCCCCCCGAGCUCAGGUUUUUCAAAUUAAGGGAAUAUUUUCUGCUGUUUGAAUAGUUUUCACUCUGAUCAGAUCCAGACUGCUCUGUUUCAAGAUGGAUGUUUUAUUUUUCUUUGUCAUAAUCACACUCUUCUUGCCCCCUCCCCCCUUCGUCCUCCCUUCUCCCCCCCACCUUAAGUAACUAAUUGCUAUGCAAAAAAAAUACUGGUUGUUUUCAUUUUACACCUCUGUUUUAUGCCACAGCCAUUCAAUCACUGUUUUCUUUUUUCUUUUUCGUAGUUUAAAGCAAGAUGUCAAUGUACCUGUUCGAUUGUUGCAGCAGUUAACCUAAUCAAAAAGCAGAUUUGUUUUUGUUUUUUCUUUUCUUUUUUGUAAAUAGUACCAUUAAAACAUUUAUGUUUAACUUGG